AUGAACAACCCCUACUUCAACCACAUGGCCCGUCCGACAUCUCCCCUGUCAUCCACCUCUCCACCCUCACCAACUCGCAGUAUCCCUCUCUCGAACCUCAGCCCUCCCUCCCCCACAACAUCUAAAUACAUAACCGGCACCUCAGAAGGCGACAUCGCCUACUUCCGCCCAGCCAAAACAUACCGUCCGCACUUCCUCUACACAGCCGUGCUGGCAAUUAUCCUGCUCAUCGUCACGAUCGGACUCUCCGCCGGCCUCGCAGUAUCAAAGAAGAAUCAUGACAGCGUGCCGGUCGUGACGGUCACGAUCACGAGUAUAGCGACGAGCACGAGCACGAGCACCACUAGUACGGGGAAUUUCUUCCCGACGUUUAAGAAGGGGACGACGACGAAACCGCCAGGGGGUGAUGGGGCGACUACGACGACGACGAAGCCGCCGGUUACGGUUACGACGGAUUUGGGGAAGGAGUUGGUUAGUAAUUAG